AUGUCCGCUGUGAAGGUGGCCGUGACGGGUGCAGCGGGCCAGAUCGGCUACGCAUUGGUACCACUGAUCGCGCGCGGUAUCCUCCUCGGUCCCACCACGCAUGUUGAGCUCCGCCUGCUGGAUAUCGAGCCCGCUCUCAAGGCACUUGCUGGCGUCGAAGCAGAGCUCGACGAUUGCGCUUUCCCUCUCCUUGACAAGGUGGUCAUUACGGCAGACCCGCGCGUUGCCUUCGACGGGGUCUCCAUUUCCAUCAUGUGCGGCGCCUUCCCGCGCAGGGCGGGGAUGGAGCGCAAGGACCUCCUCGAGAUGAACGCGCGCAUCUUCAAGGAGCAGGGUGAGGCCAUCGCUGCCGUGGCAGCGCCAGACUGCCGUGUGCUGGUUGUUGGCAAUCCGGCCAACACGAACGCUCUCAUCCUCCUCAAGUCAGCUCAGGGGAAGUUGAACCCCCGUCAUGUGACCGCCAUGACCCGCCUCGACCACAACCGUGCCUUGUCUCUUCUGGCUCGCAAGGCCGGUGUGCCGGUGUCGCAGGUGCGCAACGUGAUCAUCUGGGGCAACCAUAGCUCUACACAGGUCCCUGACAUUGACAACGCUGUAAUCGGCACCACCCCGGCCCGCGAAGCGAUCAAGGACGGUGCCCUCAACGACGACUUUGUGCAGUUAGUGCGCGAACGCGGCGCCGAAAUCAUCCAACUACGCGGCCUUUCCUCAGCCAUGUCCGCCGCCAAGGCAGCCGUGGACCACGUACACGACUGGAUACAUGGCACACCGGAGGGCGUGUAUGUUUCGAUGGGCGUGUACUCGGAUGGAAACCCGUACGGCGUACCGAGCGAUCUCAUCUUCUCCUUCCCGUGCACGUGCCACGCCGGGGAGUGGACUGUUGUCUCAGACAAGCUGAAUGGGGACCUCGGAAAGCAGCGUCUCGCCAGCACGAUCGCCGAGCUGCAGGAGGAAAGGGCACAGGCAGGGAUAUGA